AUGCUGAGUAUACCCUCAAAGGUGGUGAUUCUAGAGAAGGAGCAAGAAGUCUGCGAGGACCCUCGUGGCAUCGUAGUCAAUGGCGAUGCGGUCCGAAUUUCCUACCAAGUCGGCAUUGGCGAGGGACUGACAAACAAGAUCGGCCAUGAUAUCGGCGCUCUCAAUUUCCACCGAGGAAGUUUUCGUCAGCCACCGUUCAUGGUUUUCGAUCUCAUGACCGAUUGGGCUGAGCACGCCGUAUCUCAGAACAUCACCCAGUUCCAACCAAAUUACGAGCGGGAAAUUCGGGAUCUUCUCAAAACCAUUCCCAGCUGCGAUCUGCGGACCGGCUGCGAGGUGAUUUCUCGAGAGGAAGCGGGCGGUAUUAUGACCAUCACGUACAUUACUUCGACAGGAGAGCGCAGGACCAUUCAGACGCAAUGGCUCGUCGGCGCAGAUGGAAAAAGAGGAGUAGUGAGAAAGAAGUUCUUGGAGCCCGAGGGGAUCAGGCAGGUUGAUGCUGUGUGGCCGUACGUUGGGACCUGGGUUGCCAUUAAUUUGCAAGUCGAUCUUCCUACGCCCGAAAAUCAUCCUGAUUUCCCGUUGUGGAGGCUGGGAUACACGCCAGAACAGGUUCAUGAGAAGUUUUGGCCGAAGGGCUUUCAUGUGCGCGCAGCUUUUGCAACGACGCUCAACGACCCGCCACAUGAGUACUACAUCGAACCCAAGGAGGAGUCGGAAGAUCCACUUGAAGGCUUCUGGAGGCAAUUUGGCCCAUGGAUGAAAAUUCCAGGCGAGUCAUUGUCGCCUCAAUUGUCGGGUGUCCCGGUCGAGUAUCCCGAGAGAUUGUUCGCGACAAAAGUUGUUAACCGCUGGUACAGCCGCAGCACCAUGCUGAUCGGCGAUGCUGCCCACGUCUUCCCCCCUUUUGGCGGCCAAGGCAUUGCCACUGGCAUUCGAGACGCACAGGCCCUUAGCUGGCGUCUAGCCAUGAUGUCUCGAUUACGCGUUUCUCCCCAAGUGCAAACCAAAAUCCUUACGGGGUGGAGUCAAGAGCGUCGUCAUGCGUGGGAGGUAGCUACUCUUUCCACGAAGCUUAACGGGAGCAUUGUGAACCAGACCUCGUUUUGGUCGGGUACGCUCUACCGCAUCUGCAUGCGCAUCCUCUGGUGGAUUCCUGGAGGGGCGAGAUGGAGGACGAAGCGUGCGUUCCGGGAUAAGUUGGUUUACAACAAUACGACGUGCCCAGAUGGGUUCUUCUUGCAGGGUUCUGGAGGUGGGAGAAAAAUUGCUCAGAUUUGGGUGAAAAGGGAUGAUGAGAAAGAGCCCAGGCUGUCCGAUGAGGUCUUCCUCCGGGAUCUAACACACAUGUCGCUUGUGGUGUUGGUGAAGCGUCCGGCCGACUAUGGCCCUGAUACAUUGAACGCGACAGUGAAAGACGUAGGCUUGCCAGAAGAACUCUUUGGCAUCAAGGACAUCAGUUACUUGAACCUGACGGGGGUGGAAACAGUCAGCGGCGAUAAAUGCACUGCGAUCUAUCACCCCUGCCCGGCGGAAGAAUUGGAUAGACAUGGUAUCGCCUCCCUGCAGGGCUACAACAAAGAUGCGGUCCAGAACCGCCUGCAUUCGUCAGCAAAGUACAUCUUGCUCCGACCUGACUUUUUCAUUCACUCGGUGGCUCAUGAUUUGCAUCAACUCCGGGGGAAUCUGAAAUCGGUGCAAGCAUACUUUUCUGAUCUAGGGACGUUAAUAGAUGCUUGA